AUGCCCCACGAACACGACAGCCUCCUCGCGGCGCGCUCGGCCACAGCACCCAUCAACUCGACAUGGGAGGCAUCCUGGAGCGACGACGAGGUCGACAGCGGCGACGGCGGUGGUGGCGGCGGCGAGGCGGUGACAGGCAUGCGAUUUCGGGCAGCACGCGGAUGCGGAUCGGGACGGGUGCGACUGUACGACAAGGAGCCCGUGCUCUCCUUCACCGAUGCGCUGUUCUCGGUCAUCGCCACCAUUCUCGCUGCCACCCUCAUUCUCUCAAAGUCGCAGGUCAAGGAUCUGGAGCACUCGGACACGCUCUCCUUUGUGGCUGCCCUCGCCUCCAAGGUCUACGAGGGCGUCUUGCUCAUCAUCGUCAUCAACAUCGUCUACGUCUACUGGCUCCGCUCCGUCCGCCUCUUUUCUCUAGUCGAGUCAGCCUCGCCGCUCACCAUCGCCGCUCACAUGACCACCAUCCUCCUCCUCGGCGUUCUCCCGCUCUCGGCCUCGAUCGCCGCCUCGACCUUUGUCAAGUCCGAGGCCCUCGCGUCGUACCGCUCGCUCGCCGGCACUGUCCUCAUCACCAACUUUUUAGCCGUUGCGCUCGCCUCGCUUGCCACUACCCUCGCCGCCCUCCGCUUUGAUGCCACCUUUACUGGCGGCUACCCGCUCCUCGCCCUCCGCAAGCAAGAGAUCCGCGUCAUUCUCGAGGUCGCCGUACACCUCAUCAUCCUCAUCAUUGCCCUCGCCUCGGAUACCGUCUUUCCCUGGAUCUACAUCGGCUAUCUAGCCAUCCCGCUUGCCAUCGCCGCCCACGAGCUCUACUCGUGGUCGUCCGACCACCCACAGUUUGCCUCGUACCGCGCCUUUAUCCACCGCGUCCCUCUUGUCCGGCUCAACCAGCUCGCCGAUGGCGUCUUUGCCGUCGUUGCCACCCUCAUCGUCCUCGACAUCCGCAUCCCAGACGACUUUCUCUCCCGCGGCUACCGCCUCGACGAGUUCCUCCUCGCCGCCGGCCCGCGCCUCCUCGGCUACGCCUUUGCCUUUGUCGUCUCGGGCAUCCUCUGGUACCAGAACCGCAUCGUCUUCUCGCACUGCAUCGAGCACCAGUCACUGUACUUUUUCCUUGUUACCCUCGAGUCGCUCGCCAUCUCGUCCUUUCUCCCCUUUGCUGCCUCGGUCAUCGUCCACUUUCCCGACUCGCGCGUCGCCGCCUGCCUCUGCAUCGGCGUCGUCCUCCUGGCCUCGCUCCUCCAGCUCGCCUCCCUCUCGCUUGCCCAGCUGAUGUGCAUGCUCCCGCUCGCCUCGCUCGUCGCCUUUGUCGUCCUCUGGAUCUCUCCCGUCGCUGCCGUCUGCUGCCUCGCCCUCCCGCUCCCAGUCCGUCUCGCUUGCCUCUUUCUCGGCGCCACCAUCCCACGCGCUUCACUCGAUCUUGCCUCCCGCGCCUUUUCCACCGUCCGCGGCUUUGCCUCCAGCACCCCCACGGUCUCCUCGAUCACCUCCACCACUGCUGCCGCCUCUCUCUCCACCGAUCCGACUCCAUCACCCUAG